UUUUUUAAAAAUAAGAAGAAAAGAAAGAAGAAGAAGAGCUUUUUGUGUUGAAGAGAGAGUUUCCUAUCUUCCCCCAUACCAUACCUCCUCUCCCACCAUCUCCCUCCCUCAUCUUCAUCAUCUUCCCCUCUCCCUUCUCUCUUAGAUCCUCUCUCCAUCCACCAUUACUACCUCUGGCUUUUUUCUUAAAUCCACCACUAUGAGGAGAGGAAGAGGCUCUUCCGCCGUCGCCGGACCAACCGCCGUCUCCACCGUCAUCAACGGAUCUGUUAAAGAAACGCAACAACGUUUCAGAGGCGUUCGGAAGAGACCUUGGGGACGUUUCGCCGCCGAGAUCCGUGAUCCAUGGAAAAAAUCACGUGUUUGGUUAGGUACUUUCGAUUCCGCCGAAGAAGCCGCACGCGCUUACGACUCCGCCGCUCGUAACCUCCGUGGUCCUAAAGCCAAAACCAAUUUCCCCAUCGAUCCUUCCUCUCCUUCUCCCAAUCUCCGGUUCACAGCUUUCCCUAAUACCGUGAAUCAAAACCAAAACCAAGUCGAUCCGUUCAUGGACCACCGGUUAUACCCCGGAGAUAACAAUAAUAACAACCAACAGUUUCAUCCCGUUGUUAACCGGCCUACGACUAGCAGCAUGAGCAGCACCGUCGAAUCGUUUAGCGGACCGAGACCUACCGCGGCGAAACCGGUGACGACGGCGGCUAAAAGGUAUCCUAGAACUCCGCCUGUAGUACCUGAGGAUUGUCACAGCGACUGCGAUUCGUCGUCGUCUGUUAUCGACGACGACGAUAUCGCUUCGUCGUCGAGGCGGAGGA